GCUACGGAAGCCGUGUGGAACAAAACAUAAACGAAUGACACACGUCUCUACAACGCCGUCUGUGCUCUUCUCGUAAUACCUAACGCCCAGCUGAUGUAUCCAACGCGUGUUUCAGCGUAAAAUAACCCAACUGGAUUGUUGAUGUGAUGGGUGGAAAGAAGAAGAAAUCAGCGGCUCAGAGCGCUCCAGCAGCAGCGGUGGCCAGCUCCGCUUCUACCCCAGCAAUCGGUGUUACCGGUGCGGCUGAGGACCAAAAGAAACACGCACCCAGCGGGAAAGGUGGCAAACCAACUAAAGAGGCUAAAUCAAAAGCACCUAAGACAUACAGUCUGGCCAACACAGCUCAGGUCGACACCAGUGGGGUCUCAGACAAGUCCAUUCUUAAGGUUUCUAUCCAAGCUGAGCUGGAGAAGAAAAUCAUCAAGCUGAUCAAUGAUUUCCGACAGGAGAACGGAGACAAAGGGGCGAUUUCUGGCAGACUUACAACCAAGAAGCUGUUGGACCUGUACACAGCUCUGGAGAGAUUCAGCUUUAAAAGAGAACACAUUGAAGAGGCGAUGAAGAGCAGUGUCCUGCAUGGGGGCGACCUCCACUCUGCUCUUGACUGGCUCUGUCUUAACCUUAACGACGAUGAGUUACCAGAUGGUUUCAGCCAGCAGUUGCAGGAGGAGAGCCAAAAGAGCCGGCCUAAAUUCCAGCCUCCUCCACAGCAGAAACUUGCUGAAAUAAAACCCAACGCAUCAAACGAAGCCCACAGAGACACCAAGAAGGUUUCAGACAAGGACGAAGCUGCAAGCAUGAAAGACUGGAUCUUGAGGUACGCAGAGCAAAGCAGUGAGGAGGAAGAGGAGGAGGAGGAGGAAGAAGGAAAUAAGAAGUCACGCAAUCCAGAAUUGGAUGAAAAAUUUGAUCCCAAUGACAGGUAUUUGAUCCUCACUGCUCAACUGUAUGAUGCUAAAGAAAUGGCAGCUGAUUCCAAGUCUAAAGGUGACAAAACGGGCCAGAGGACGGCACAGGACAGGAUUCGGGUCAUACAGCAAGAAAUGAAACAGCUGGAGUCUCAUCCCAUGUUCAAUCCUGCCAUAAAGGUAGUAGAUGCCCCUCAGAAGGAGAAGAAGACUCCUCCUGUGGUUGACGAUAAGGAUGACCUCGCCUUCAGUCUGUUUGAACAGGCAGAGAAAGUACCUCCAGCAGAAAAAGCUGUGAAGAAAAAGAAUGAACCAAAAGAUAUUCGUAACUUAGACUACACGGCUCGCAGUUGGACAGGAAAGUCUCCCAAGCAGUUUCUCAUCGAUUGGGUCAGAAAAAAUCUGCCCAAAAGUCCACCUCCAGCUUUCCACAAGGUUGCUGCUGGCAGAUACUGGAGAUGCAGGGUGCGAGUCCAAAGAACAGAUGAUGUCCUGGAGGUUUGUCCUACCAUCCUGACUGAGGACAGCAUGCAGGCUCAACAUCUGGGUGCAACAUUGGCGCUCUACAACCUGGUUAAAGGACAGUCUGUGCACCAGCUUCUACCUCCUACCUACAGAGAUGUGUGGUUGGAGUGGAGAGACAGCGAGCAGCAGCAGCAAGAAGCGAGCCGUACCGCUGCCAACAAACCCAGAGACCAGUUCAUAUCACGGCUCCUGACCAGACUCAAGCAGCAGCAGAACCAGAGUAACGCCCAGCAGCCUACAUAUCAAGACGGGCCGGGCUUCAACAACUCAGGAGAAGAGGAGCCAGAAGAUUCUUGGGAGAAUUUGGCGAACCUUAACAUUGAGGAAAAAGAGAACAAAGCUGAAGAAAAGAGUAAGAAAAGUAGGGAAUGGGAUGGCGGACUUAAAGCAGCCAGAGAGCUUUUACUAAAGCUGAAAGAAUCUCCAAUCGCCAAGAAGCUGCAAGCAGAGAGAGAGCAGCUUCCAGUCUUUCAACACAGACAUCGCAUCCUUGAGGCUCUGCAGCGCCACCGUGUGGUGGUGGUUGCUGGUGAGACCGGCAGUGGGAAGAGUACUCAGAUCCCUCAGUUCCUGCUGGAUGAGUUGUUGACGGGCGCCAAAGCUGCUCAGCCCUGCAACAUCGUGGUGACUCAACCUCGCAGGAUAUCAGCCAUGAGCCUGGCCUGCAGAGUCAGCCAGGAGCUGGGCUGUGAGGACGGACCAGGCUCAAAGUCGUCGCUGUGUGGAUACCAGAUCAGGAUGGAGAACCUGUCUGGGGACUGGACUCGCCUUUUGUACUGUACCACUGGAGUUCUCCUCAGGAAGCUCCAGCAUGAUAACUCCCUCAGCUCCCUGACCCAUAUCAUUGUAGAUGAGGUCCAUGAGCGAAGUGUCCAGUCCGAUUUCCUUCUAACCAUCCUGAAAGAUGUUGUAAUGAAGAGAUCUGACCUGCACCUUAUCCUCAUGAGUGCUACUGUGGACUGUGACAAGUUUUCCAACUACUUCAACCGCUGCCCUGUGAUCAGCAUUCCAGGCAGGACCUUCCCAGUUGAAGUUUAUCAUUUGGAAGAUAUAGUUGAGCAAACAGGAUACGUCCUGGAAAAGGAUUCGGAAUACUGCCAGAAGAUUUUAGAGGAAGAAGAGGAGGUUUCCAUUUCCAUUACACAGAAAGGAGGCAAGACUUUGCAGCAUCAGGAGGUUUUAGUGAGGGACUCCUCCUCUGGCUGGGAUCUGGGUCCGGAGCUCGACCAUUUCAGUAGCAGGACUCGGCAGGUGCUCCAGUUCAUGAACCCUAAUAAAAUCAACGUGGACUUGCUCGUAGACCUCCUGGACUAUUUGGAUAAAUCCCCACAGUUUGCAGAUGUGGAUGGAGCUGUGCUGGUGUUUCUCCCGGGCCUGGCUCACAUCCAGCAGCUCUAUGAUGUCCUCUCCUCAGACAAGAGGUUCAGAGAGAAACACAGGUAUAAGAUUGUCGCCCUCCACUCAACUCUUUCAUCCAAGGACCAGGCUGCUGCUUUCACAGUGCCCCCUGCUGGAGUUAGAAAGAUUGUGUUAUCAACCAACAUUGCUGAGACCGGUGUGACAAUUCCUGAUGUUGUCUUUGUCAUUGACACUGGAAAAACCAAAGAAAACAAGUACCAUGAGAGCAGCCAGAUGAGUUCUUUGGUGGAGACAUUUGUCUCCAAAGCCAGCGCCCUUCAGAGACAGGGGAGAGCAGGACGUGUCCGGAAUGGCUUCUGUUUCCGACUUUACCCUAAAUACAGGUUUGAUUCUUUUAUGGAUUACUCCAUCCCAGAAAUUCUGCGAGUCCCACUGGAGGAGCUCUGCCUUCACAUAAUGAAAUGUCAGUAUGGGUCCCCAGAAGACUUCCUGAGCCGAGCCCUGGAUGCUCCUCAGCCUCAGUCUGUCAGUAACGCGGUUAACCUGCUGAGGAAGAUUGGUGCAUGUCAACCCACUAACCACAUCCUCACGCCUCUGGGACACCAUUUGGCAAGUCUGCCGGUCAAUGUAAAGAUCGGGAAGAUGCUCAUUUAUGGAGCCAUCCUUGGCUGCCUUGAGCCCAUAGCGACCAUCGCUGCAGCCAUCUCUGAGAAGUCUCCUUUUUCCACGCCGAUGAAUAGAAAGGAGGAAGCUAACCUGGCCAAAGCCGCUCUAUCCACGGCCAACUCUGAUCACCUGACCAUAUAUACUGCAUAUCUAGGAUGGAAAACUUCUCAAACUGAGGGACCAAGAGCUGAGAUGUCCUACUGUAGGAAACACUUCCUUAAUCGGACGGCUUUAAUCACAAUAGAGGAUGUGAAGCAUGAGCUGAUGAAGAUGAUGGAGCAGGCAGGCUUCUGGUCCUCUCGCUCUUCCUCCUCUCGCUCCAGGCAGCUGACGGCUUCACUGUCCAAGCAGCAGAUCUCCGUCCUAAACGCUGCGCUGACAGCAGGGCUCUAUGACAGCGUGGCGCGGGUACUGUGCAACCCGCCUGUGGACGGGCUGGAGCGGGUGGCCUGCACGGUGGAGACUCCUCAAGGCAAAGCUCAGGUCCAUCCGUCAUCUGUAAACCGGAACCUGCAGGUUCACGGCUGGCUGCUGUAUCAGGAGAAGGUUAAAUACACUAAGAUCUACCUUAGAGACACCACCCUGAUCUCUCCUUUUCCCAUGCUGCUGUUUGGAGGCGACAUUGACAUACAGCACAGAGAGAAGCUCAUCACUUUAGACGGAUGGAUUCAUUUCCAGGCUCCGGUCCGGAUUGGCGUGAUUUUCAAACACCUGAGGAAACUGAUGGAUUAUUUGCUUGAAAGGAAGUUGGAGAAUCCCAGAAUGAAUCUGGAAGGUGAUGCAACCAUUCAGCUUAUUCUGGAUCUGAUCAGGUGUGAGCAUGCCGCAUAACAUCAGUCCACCACAGGAGAACAUCUUUCCUGGUGUCAUCAAGUCUCCCUCUUGGUGCCCCGACAUUUGUUUGACUUCGGGAGAGCAUUUUACUCACAUUGAGGAGGAAUGUAUAUGGAAUUAAUGAAAAAACUGAAAUUUGAACAAUAUGUCAGCCAAAUAUAACCUAACCCUAAAGCUAUGUAUGUUUUAGUCGAGAUGAUUGUAGUAUCAUGACUGACCAACAUAAGACAAUUUCAACAAUUGAAUGUAAAGAAAAAGAAAAUUUAAAGCCUUGAUAAUAUUUUGGGGGUUUUAUUAAAGCAACUCAAGGAAUAAAUCUUUAUCCUCUUUCAUUUCCAGAUCCUUUGUCAGGACUAUUGUGUGUUUAAAGCAUGACAUGCUGGAUCAUUCUCAUUAAAACCUCUAAUUUCUAAAAUAUUUC